GCAAGACUAUGAAUCUCUGUUCCAAAUGCUUUGCUGAUUUUCAGAAGAAACAACCAGAUGAUGACUCCACUCCCAGUACAAGCAGCAGCCAAUCAGAUUUGUUUUCCGGAGAAAUGAACAAUGACAACAGCAAUACCUCUUUAACUACACCGACUGUUAACUCCAACCAGCAACAGCUUUCGACAGAAUUGAAUGUAACUUCCACAGGCAAAGAGGAGUGUGGGCCAUGCACAGAUAUAGCUCAUGUCUCAUUAAUCACGCCAACCAAAAGAUCCUGUGGCACAGAUUCACAGUCUGAGAGUGAGGCUUCCCCAGUAAAGCGGCCAAGGCUACUGGACAGCAACGACCGACCUGAGGAAGCUGGCCGUUCUAAACAAAAGAGUCGGCGCCGCUGCUUCCAGUGCCAGACGAAACUUGAGCUGGUCCAGCAAGAACUGGGAUCAUGUCGCUGUGGUUAUGUGUUUUGUAUGUUACACCGCCUCCCUGAGCAGCACGACUGUACGUUUGACCACAUGGGCCGCGGCCGAGAGGAAGCCAUCCUGAAAAUGGUGAAACUGGACCGGAAAGUGGGGAGAUCCUGCCAGCGCAUUGGGGAGGGCUGCUCCUGAGUGCAGAGCUGGGCAGCCAAACCCUGUUCUUAGUUCACUAAUGUUAGCCUUAUUUAGGACAGAGUCAGCCAGACACCUUGUACUGGGCACGUUUCAGACUACAGCCGAUCCGUUUCCUUUCUUUAGCCAGCCGUCCUGGUACUGUAGUUUAGGGGUUGAUGGUGGUUGAAAUUGAUUUCUGGCUGGUUACGAAGGUGCCUGCUAGCCACUGUAUAAAAUUAAAACAUGAAGAAUAUUUUUUUUGAGCAUGGCUAGUGGAUUUAAAACAAAACAAGCAGAUGUCAUUGCUGGAGUCAAAACUUAUAAAAAGCCUUAAGCUGAAAAUGGUCCAGAUGGAGACUUUAAGUAAAUAGAGGAGUAGAAGCUGGAGUUUAAAACAGUUCCUGAGACGCACAUGGCCUUGCCAGAAACUCUGUGUUUAAUGUACAGCCUUUUCACCUCUCACUUAUCCUUAAUCCCAGCCCCAGAAGCCAGAGCUCCCCAUCGGCCCCUCGUGCCUGGGCUGCUUUCGGCUGCCAAGGCGGCCCGCAGGGGGACUCCUAAGAGGCUGCAAAGGUGGGGGCAGAGGGGAGAGGGCAAAAACUUUUAUACCAGACUUACCAUGGAAAAUCUGUCUUAUCGCUUGGAGAAGAAAAAAAAGAGAGCCUUGCUUUGAACAUUAGCUCCACCCCAGACUAGUCUGCAAAAUACAUUUUUCUACCUGGGAUCUGUAGACUCUGUAUCGGUUUCUCUUCAGCCUGGUUGGAUCAGUACUGACCAGGGAAACUGAAACCUGACUGACUCAUUUACCAUUUGCUGGGUGCAGGUAUCUGAUAAUUGAUUCAAUAAGUCUAAAUCACAGCACAGCUGCCAUGGGGAUGGCUGGGUUCUACAGACAGUCCUCUGUAGCUAGACUUCACUGUUGGUGGUAAGGGGCAGGGGAGGUGGGGUGGAAGGGGGGACGCAUUUCAUAGCAAACAGAAGUCAGUACAGUAUUGGGAAACAACUAAGAAGCAGCCGCUGCCCUCAGAGUUUGUCUUUUCACCUUCAAAGUGUUAUCAGGAUAGUCACAUGGGCUUGUCGCCUGUUUCGAUGCAGCCUCAUAGUAUAAGGAAAAAGCUGUCACAUACAGUAGGAUAAUAUGGCAUGUAUUACUAGAAUCAGGAAGGUUUGGAUCUCCUGAGAGUAACUGCUGUGGGCCAGGGACGUCUGAGCACACUUGCCGAGCCUAAAUUGCAAAGGGGUCCCAGCGCAUCUCCUAACAUGGGCACAGGGGAGUUCCGUUGCUAUAGGCCAGGCCUGGGUAGGAUUGGACUGGAUAGGCAGGAAGGGAAGCAGAGCAGAAGGAAUUGGCUUUGUUUCCUCUGAGUUGCAAGAGAAUUAUCAACCAGGUACUGUAGAACAUUAUGGGGAGAGUUGGGAAUGGGGAUUAAGACUAAGACUGGGAAUGGAUGGAUGGAGGGAGAGGUAAGAAUUACCUGGAAUUUGAAAUAUUGGGUAAAGUCAAGAGGGUACAACUUUAAAACCGUUUCAGUCAUGUGGACAAUAAGAUGGUCCUUUAAGAGGCCACUCGGGUCUCCCUACACUUAGGCUGCUAAAAUAGUUUACCCCCAGCAACUUAGGUUUUGAAAAGAAAAGAGGCCAAUGAUAUGUUUGCAAAUUAAGUAUAGUGAAAGACCUGGGAAUCAGAAAUGUUUCUUAAUCUAAAAUGUGUGGGGAAAUAGGAAGUAAUGCUCUUUUCCCCUCUUCCUUUGCCCCGCCCCCCCACCCCAAACAAAAGAAAAUCCUUUAUAAAAGUCUUCAGCCUUAAUAUUUUUCAUAAUAAUGGUCUUAGCUCCUCAGUGGAAGGUCGGGGAGGAAACCUAGUUGAUUUGGUCCCCAUACCUGCCACUGUUCUAAAACAGCCUCAGCGCACACUGUCCACUAAGUUACCCACGGCAGCAUCCCGUGUGUCUCGCUCUGGGGAUACUGGACCCGAGCUCCCCAUUGCCUCCCCAUCUACUGCCCUUUCCUGUGCCUGCUUGGCCAUUCUUAGGCACUGCUAGCUCGGAGAUGGCACAAGGGAAAAGCUGCCUUGGUGAGCAGGCCCUGGUGCAUUAUGGAUGAUGUUCACUAUUGACAGUCAGGGUUGGGGCUGGGGGAGGAGGUAGGGCUUGUUCCUCUGAAGUAUCUGUUCUGUGAAGUUUGUUAAAUGUAAGGAAAGCUUAAAUUCUUGUAACUUUAAAAGGAGACAAAAUCUUAUUUAACCCUUUUGUGUUCUAGAUUUACUUACACACGUAGCCUAGAACUCCGUUUUAGUUUAACAUUGUAAAAAUAUUAAAAGAAUCUUGUAACUUUA